AUGCCCAAGGUACCCAACACAUCAGAAGAAGAAGAAGAUAGCUUUUAUGUAGUACUUACUAUAGUGAUACCAGUAUUCAAGGACUACAGGAUGAAUCUUUCAAUUAAAAUAGAAUCCUGCCCGUUAGAUCUUAUAACAGUAAAAAGUCAAUCAGCCUUAUUUCCUCAGUGGAAAUUUAGUCACUAUGAUGUGGUAGUUGGUGUGUUAUCAGCUCGAAAUAACCAUGAACUUCGAAAUGUGAUAAGAAACACCUGGCUGAAGCAUUUGUUGCAGCAUCCUACUUUAAGUCAGCGUGUGCUUGUGAAGUUCAUAAUAGGUGCUCGUGGCUGUGAAGUGCCUGUGGAAGACAGGGAGGAUCCUUACUCCUGCCGGCUGCUCAACAUCACCAACCCAGUUUUGAAUCAAGAAAUCGAGGCCUUCAACUUCCCUGAAGAUACUUCCUCAUCCAGACUCUCUGAAGAUCAAGUUGUCAGCGUGAGCUUCCGAGUUCUCUACCCUAUCGUGAUUACCAGUCUUGGAGUGUUCUAUGAUGCCAGUGACCUUGGUUUUCAGAGGAACAUCACAGUCAAGUUGUAUCAGGCAGAGCAGGAGGAGGCUCUUUUCGUUGCUCGAUUUAGUCCUCCAAGCUGUGGCAUACAGGUGAACAAGCUAUGGUACAAGCCUGUGGAGCAGUUCAUCUUACCAGAGAGCUUUGAAGGUACAAUCGUGUGGGAAAGCCAAGAUCUCCAUGGCCUCUUGUCCAGAAACCUACACAGAGUGACAGUGAAUGACGGCGGGGGUGUUCUCAGAGUCAUCACAGCUGGGGAAGGGACAUUGCCUCAUGAAUUCAUGGAAGGUGUGGAGGGAGUUGCAGGUGGCUUUAUCUACACUGUUCAGGAAGGAGAUGCACUGUUACGAAGCCUUCACUCACGGCCCCAGAGGCUCUCAAACCAUAUACAGGAUCUACAAGUGGAAGAUGCCUUACUGCAGGAGGAGAGCAGCAUCUAUGACGACAUUGUCUUCGUGGAUGUUGUGGAUACUUACCGAAAUGUUCCUGCAAAAUUACUGAACUUCUACAGAUGGACUGUGGAAACCACCAGCUUUGGUUUGCUGCUGAAGACAGAUGAUGACUGUUACAUAGACUUAGAAGCUGUGUUUAAUAGAAUUGCUCAGAAGAAUCUAAAUGGGCCUAAUUUUUGGUGGGGAAAUUUCAGGUUGAACUGGGCAGUGGACAGAACUGGGAAGUGGCAGGAGCUAGAAUACCCCAGCCCAGCCUACCCUGCUUUUGCAUGUGGGUCAGGGUACGUGAUCUCCAAGGAUAUCGUUGACUGGCUGGCAGGCAACUCUGGAAGGUUAAAAACCUAUCAGGGUGAAGAUGUCAGCAUGGGCAUUUGGAUGGCAGCCAUAGGACCUAAAAGACACCAGGACAGCCUGUGGCUGUGUGAGAAAACCUGUGAGACAGGAAUGCUGUCUUCUCCUCAGUAUUCACCACAAGAGCUGAGCAGACUGUGGGAACUGAAGGAAAUGUGUGGGGAUCCUUGUCAGUGUGAAGCAAAAGUACAGUGAUCCCCAAAGACUGUAAGUCUGAGGAGACCCUGUGGCUGGUAUUGAGCUAUAAGUAGUAUGAUAUUACCAGUGUUUGCACAGAUCUUAAUGAAUCAUCUGAUAUUGUAGCAUAGUUUUUAUUUAUAAAUUGGAAGAUUAUUUAAUACCCAAUUAUUUUAUAAAAAAUAUUCAUAACUCCUAAUCACUGUUACUAAGCAGUAAUUAUUUUAUCAUUACCAUUUUUGGCUAAAUUCAGAAAGUUGUAAUAAUGCCAUUUGAAUCUCAAUCAUGAUUAUAAAAUAGCUCUGCAGCUCAAUUAGGCCAGUAAGAACGUACAAAGAUGCUGUGUGGUCCUGGGGCCACAUAUACCAAAGUUCGGAUUGCUGAAAAUACCAGUUUGCAGAUCUCUGACGUGGGCAAACUGGCCUUGAAAAGGAAACACUGUAACCUGAAGUUUGGGGUCUUGCUUUUAAAAAUGUUCAUUUACAUAUGUAUCAUGUUUUCUCUUACCAUUUAAUGUAUAUCCUGAAUGUCUCACCUUGGCACUCUCACUAAACUGUUUGAGUGUGAUAAAAGUAAACACCUCAGGGUUCAAUGUCACAGGGAAGUAGGGAAGGCUCUCUGCCUUGCCUGAUGUUUACCUAAGCUUGAGAAGGUAGUAAUCUGUGGAAGACAGGUUCUGUGUAGAGAAUUUGUAGAGAAAAGUAGGUUGUACAGAGUAGGAGAUGUGUUUCCUCAGUUUAAAGGACAUUUUUCGAACGACCAACCAAAUCACUGUAGUAAACUUUUUCAAAUAGUUAAGCAGCUCACAGCAAAUGUUAACUAUUCAGAUUUAGACUACUGUUUCUGUUUAUAUUUACAUCUCCACAUGGUGGAAUACAGUAAGCUGUGGAAACAGAAGGAGUAGAAAAAAUCACUAGUAAUCAAAGCCUUUAUUAUUCUAUAUAUAACCAAAUGGUCCUUUCCCAACAAAACAUACAUCCUUUAUAAGGGUGAAGUUUUUGUUUCUGGUAUAUACAACAUUCCAGCCGCUAAACUCUUACGGCUGGAUUGUUACCAUCGCACUAGUAGACAGUCUCCAUUCUCCACAGAAUAAAACUGUAAUGACUGUAGGUCAUCUCCUAGUUCAAUUUCUCUGCCCGGCAUCUAAAAUGAGAACAAAGUGGGGAAGAAUGAGUAGACAGAUCUGACGAUGCAUGUUAUACAUGCCGCCCUCCAAUGGCAGCUAGCUCGAGGAGUCAACAUGCUGCCUCCAUUUAAAAUCUGUUACAUAUGGCUCAUGGUACUGUGGAGAACUAAGCUUAGCAACUUACCUUGGGGCUUUCAUAGGACAGCAGAAGUUCUGACACAGGAACUUUGAGAAGACGUGACAGCAGUCCCUUUACCUUUUGAAUUGUCAUGGAAUCUGUCCAAGAAAAGGAAAAUCCAUUUCUCUCAAAUGAUGACUGUGUACAACCAGCUCAGCCAUGGCCUGUCCUUUCUUAGCAUCAGUUCACUACGUGACAAAGGCUUAGUCAUUCAGCCAGUUGAUUUCUUUGGCAAACUGGGAUAUGGAGCCAGUGUUUGACUCAAGUGGUCUUGAAGGCAAAAUGUCAUAGCAUUUACCAUUUCUUCCUCAAUCUGAGUAACCAGAAAUAAUCACCUCACUGAGGAGGAAAAAUAUAGGCCUUUGUGAUAACUUCCUAAAGGGUUGCUGAAGAUCCCAUGAGUGGGGCCUUGAGGACAUCUCUCAGCCUUAUUUUCCCUCUAGAAGAGAGCAUAGACUUCAGUGGUUGAUGAGGUCCCUCCCAGCAUGAGCAUCUGGUCACCAUCAGGAUGUGCACAAUGACUACCAGGUGUGAGAAGAUAACUUAGCAAAACAAAUGCUAUGGUCUGUUCAGAACACUAGGAACUUCUUUCCAAAGACAGUGGAUAUUUUGAUGAAGAAUAUUAGUUUCUCUGAAGCUUUAGCUGAAAGUACAGCAAUAGUGUGGUGUCCUAUAAAUAUCACAAUGUAGUCAAUUAUUUUUCUAUAAAAAUCAUUUUUUAAAAAAGCUGUGUUUUUAUGCAACUUGUGAUAAUAAAUCUUCUCUAUUUUAGAAUAAAA